AUCAUAGACCAAAAUUAUAAAAUAAAAACAAAGGGUAACACAAACUCUAUGACAAUCCCUGAUAUACAUGAAGAUAUAAUCAAAACACACAUAUUAACCAAACUUGAUGGCCAAACACUUGUUUCAGCCGGAUGUGUGUCAUCAAACCUACACACUUUUUGUAGCGACGAAAAACUUUGGUCAAAAAUUUGCCAUUCCAAUUGGCCGUCAACUGACCACCAAAUAGUCACUAAAGCCGUCUCAAAUUUCACCGCGGGCCACCGUUCUUUCUUCUCAGACACCUUUCCAUCACCCACAAGCCACCUCACAUCCACCGUGACGACAUCACCUACGACCCCACAAAUAAUUUCUUCAGUAGAUAUUAAAUAUGACAAUAAACUUAUUUUUUCAAAAGUUGAGGUUACAAAUACAAAAUUUAGCGACUGGUUUGAAACGUCGCCGUUUCUUAUUGAUCUUUUAGAACCAAAAGAGAUUGUCCCAUGUGGUGUUGAGGUUUUUGGGAAUGAUAAGUUGGAGAGUAUUGAAAAACAUGUUACUUUGAGUUGGAUCAUGAUUGACCCGACCCGAAACCGGGCGGUUAAUGUGUCUAGUGGAAAGCCAGUUUUGGUACAAAGAAAUUGGUUGACUAAUGAUAUAGAGUUGACUUUUUCAAAGGUGAUUUUACAUGAAAAUCAGCACGUGAGUUGUAAUAUACAAGUCACGUGUGGGGUGAAUGGAGGAAAUGGGGAGUUACACAUAAGUGGGGUUAGUUUCAUGGUUUUGGAUAUUGAUGGGAAGUGUUUGAGUGGGAAGGAUAGUAUGGUCAUUUUACAAGGGCUUAUGGUGGUGUCGAGGCGGAUUAGCGGAGGAGAGGAGGAGAGGGUAAGAUAUGAUGAGUUUAUUAAAAUGAGGAAAGAAAGAAAUGUGAAGAAGGAAAAGAAAGAGAGGUGGCUUGAUUUGGCUUGUGUUACUAGUGGUGUGGCCAUGUUCAUGGCAUUUUGGUCAUUUGCUCUAUGUUGAUAAAGAUUAAAGUUUCAUUAGGAAAAAGAUUUUGGAGAUAUAUUGUUAAGGAGGCACAUUAUUAGAUACCAUUCUUUUAUUGAAUUCAUUAUUUUUUGGUGAUAUGAAAUUGCGAGUAAUUAUAGAUGAGAAAGAAGAUGCGUGCUAGGUUAUUUCGUUAUUAUUGUUGUGGUAUUCUUAUAUUUAUUUACCAGGUAUUUUACCCCGCGCGUUACGCAAUUAAAAAGAUUAUUUUAUGCA